AUGACUAGCAAAAAGAAGAAAAAGGAUAAAGAGGAGUCAAAGGGAAAGCCGACAAAGCCUCCCAUCCACGUGGAUCGGAAGCUGGCCCUCCUUAAGCUGCGAGAUGUCGCUUCCACGGGCUUGCGAGAGGUCCUAUGGAGCGACGAGGAGGUGCAGAAGGUGCUUCUUUGGUCCUUGGAGGACUCCCAGCCAGAGUUGGCCCAGAUUCUCACUUUGGCCGUCUUUGUGCAUCUCACCUCAUCUGCCCGAAACUGCGAAGCGCUCCUGCUCAGCGAAGAGGUGCGAAGCAGGCUCGUUCGAGUCGUGCAGGAAUCUUCCGGCGAAGUCCGAGAGAAGGCUUUGUUGGCUCUCACGGGUCUGGCCGUCGCGUCCUUCCAGAAGGAGGACUUUGAGGACGUGCGGAACCUUCUGGGACAGGCGGCUGGUAGAGGACGUGGAGCUCCGCAGCGGAUCGAAGUCUUCCGUGCCCUUUGGAGUGCCGCAGUGGUCUGCGAAAGCCCAGAGCUCUUCUUCGGCAACACCCGUAUUUGGGGGAGUCUCUGCGAGAGCAUCGAGGCAACGGAGCCAGCUGACGUCCGGGAGAGUGCUUUAGGCUUGCUGGGAGCUUUGACAUGGCAGCCGACAGGGCCGCACUUCGUCUGGCACGACGCCGCCUCCAGGGAGCAUCUUCUCACCAACACACUCAGAUCCCAGCCAAGCACUGUUCGCACCAGAGCGCUCGUAGCUCUCGCAGGCAUUGCUCGAGAGCCUGAGAUGCGAGCUCCCAUCUGGGCCUACGUCUCCGUGGACCUGACCAGGAAGCUCACCGAGGAUGACGAGGAGGAAGAGCCCCAUGCCUUGAGGAAGCGCACUAGAGCCGGAAGCAAGGCCACUUCGGAGCCCGAGGAGAAAGCCCCGGAGGACGAAGACCGGCCCUCCAUGAAAGACAGUCUCCUGGCGGCUGCUUCCCGAACCGAGAUCUGCACAGUCCGGUCCUCGGCCUUGCGCGUCCUGCUGGAAAUCUCCUUUGGGGAGGAGUUCAUGCUUGAGUUGGUCGAGAGCGGCCUCGCAGAUUUGUUGCUGGAGGCUUCCCAUGACCAGCGGCUGCAGCAGAAAGAGCGCAAGCUCUGCUUGCAUGGCCAAAAUCGCAUUCGCGAGUGGAACGAGGCCCGUCUGGCAGAAGAGCUUCGAAUCGAGAGGGAGAACGAGUCUCGAGAGCGGCUGGCGAUGCGUCUCGAAGAGGAGUACCAGGUGGUACUCCGCGAGGCGCCCGAGAUGAAGCGGGCAGACGAAGAGAGCUACGCCUUCGAGGAGUGGUCCAAGGCGCAGAUUGAGAUACAGGCCAUGGCCAAGGAGGAUGAGUCCUCUGCAGCAAUGAACAAACAUCUCAAGUUUCUGCUCAGCAUGAACCGCGAGCGCAUGGAGCAGGAAGAUGAGCUGUCUCUUCAGUUUCGGCAGCAGGAAGAGAAGCGGGUCUUUGCCUCCAAAGUGGCCUCUGCUCGGGAGCGUGCGGCAGAAGCAGCGAAGGUUGCCGCCGGGGCCAUGAAGCGGGUCGGUGGCGAUGCGAUUCUCCAAGCCCGAGAUGCUGGGGAGGCCGCCGGUGCGGCGGCUGCGAAGCUUGGCAUGGGGCCUUUGAUUCAAGCGGCCUUUGCUGGCGCGCAAGCAGCUGCGGCAGCGAGUGUGAAGCAGAAGCAACCACUUACGCGAUCCGAGCAGCUGGAGGAAGCCAACAAGGCAGCCAUGGUCGUCGCAGACCGUUGUGACAUGACGGAGGAGGAGAGGGAGCUCAUCGAUGAAGCUACUAUCGCCGCCAAAGAAGCGGCAAGCGUUGAUGAGCAAAGCGACAUCGCAACGUGUUUCGCAGUCGCCGUGGCAUGCCGGUUGAGUCUCACUGAAGAAGCCCAAAGCGCUGUCACAGGUGGUGCAACUGCAGUGGCUGCAGACCGACCUGAUGGCUAUCCGUGA